CGCAGCACACACAUUGUUGUGUCGUCUUUGUAUGUAAUUUUGGCAAACAACAAACAAAAUUCCUGUGACGACAAACGACUCGCCCCCAAAAAAAAAAGAAGAACAAUGCCGGAAACGAAAACCAAGACGCUCUGCAGCCCCAGCAAUGGCCUCGAGCAGGAGGACGAGGCCGACGUCACUGCAGCCGCCAAUCGUCUGGUCACUCGCACCCGCAGGACACCCACUCAAGGACACCCAAGACACCUACAACCACAGCGCCAAGGUCGUCGAGAUGCCACCGGCUUUACGGCCAACCAGGAGGUGCGGCUGAAGGCCGGCGACAUGCGCAUGGCCCGGAUGCAGAUCGGUCUCUCCCAGCUGCGCACCGAAAUGGAGGAGUCGAGCAAGCAGCUCAGGGACCUCUGCAAGGCGAUGCGAGUUGAUAUAGAUGCUGAGUAGAAUGUCCCAAAAAUGUC